UCACCGGGUUUUAAGGUUCGAGAGCACAAGUCGCUGUAGAGCUUUCAACACUUGUCAGUAACCCAGUGAGUCCCCAACAGCGACUCUAUCGGACCCAUGUUUCAGAACCAAGCCGACUCUCUCCUCUGUGUAGAGUGUGUUCACUAAAACGAGAACAACCGUAUUUAUGAGAACCCACUUUCCCAUUUUUAGCUCUGUCCGCAGAUUUUUAUCAUUUUCCUCCUCUCUAUUUAUCCUAUCUCUCAGGGAUCAUAACUAUUGAGAUUUUGCAGCCCAGAAUUGCUGGGAACAAUCAACAGCGCUCUGUUUGAAUCACUCUGUUUUUUGAAAAUUUGGUUUUGGGGUUUGUUAAAGUGGCGCUCUUUGUUAAUGGCAAAUGGAGAAGCGCAGGGACCUUAUUGUCCAUGGAUGCCUGGUGACAAUGAUGAAAAGAUAGAAGUGAAUAAUCCUAAUCCUAAUGAGGUUUCUGUGGUAAUACCUAAAAGAAGAGAUUGUCUACGUCAUUCGGUUUCGGCACAAGAUUUGAGAUAUCGGGAUAUAGAAAAGGAGAAAUAUGAUGGCCAGUCUCCUAGAGGAGUUUUGGAAGCUUGCAUGGAAAGCUUUGAAGAGGCAAGCAUUUCUGAGAAUAACAAACCAGAACUAGAAGCUCCUUGUCCAGAUUCAAAGCCAGACUCUCACUGGCGCAAAUUUUUUAAGUUAUGGAAGAAAAGAUCAAUAAAGCAGCACUUACCUUCCUUCCCUCUUGUACCGAAGAUGUCACUAAGAAAAAGGAGCAACAGCACAAAAGACGAUUCAGUAUUGAAUAAUAUCUACAACUUCAAGUCUCCGUUAAAGAGUUUUUCCUUCUCUGCGCUCCAAACUGCCACCAAUAAUUUCAGCAAUGAAAAUAUAAUUGGAAAGGGUGGGUAUUCCGAAGUAUAUAGGGGGACUCUAAAGGAUGGGCAACUAGUAGCAAUAAAGCGGCUGACUAAUGGAACAUCCGAUGAGAAAACUGCAGGCUUUCUAUCGGAACUUGGCAUUAUAGCUCAUGUAGAUCAUCCUAAUACUGCCAAGCUAGUUGGCUGUUGCGUUGAAAAAGGAAUGCACCUUGUUUUUCAAUUAUCUUCACUCGGGAGUUUAGGAUCUCUCCUGCAUGGUCCAAAGAAUGAUAUUCUUGAUUGGAGUAAAAGGUAUAAGAUUGCUUUAGGUGCAGCAGAUGGUCUGAUGUAUCUUCAUGAUAGUUGUCAGAGGCGAAUCAUCCAUAGAGAUAUUAAGGCUGAUAAUAUUUUACUUACGGAGGAUUUUGUGCCUCAGAUAUGUGACUUUGGGCUUGCAAAGUGGCUACCAAAACAAUGGACUCAUCACAACGUCUCCAAGUUUGAGGGCACAUUUGGGUAUUUUGCUCCUGAAUAUUUCAUGCAUGGGAUUGUAGAUGAAAAGACUGAUGUUUAUUCUUUUGGAGUUCUACUUUUGGAGCUUAUAACUGGACGUCCAGCUUUGGAUCAUCUUCAGCAAAGCCUUGUAAUUUGGGCCAAACCCUUGCUUAAUGGAAAUGACGUCAAGGAGCUUGUUGAUCCUUCUAUUCGUGGCAACUAUGACAGCACAGAGAUGGAUCACAUGAUUUUGACUGCAUCUUUAUGCACAGAUCCAUCUUCUAUUUUACGUCCUCGCAUGAGUCAGGUUGUGGUACUGCUAAGAGGUGAUGAGUAUGUCUCCAAGUGUGCAAAAGAAACCAAAAGGAGGUCCCUGCUGAGAACAUACUCGGAAGAACUAAUGGAUGCACAAGAAUAUAACUCAACAAAGUAUCUGAGGGAUCUCAACCGACACAAGCAGAUUGCUUUUGAAGCUUGAAAAUGAAUUGAUGGAAUUUUCAGCACUGGCGAUUGUUGUAAGUUUUCCAUUUGUUCAGCUUUCUGGUGUUCUUGCAAAUCCUAUGGUGAUUGACUGUUCAGUAUACUUUUUCUCUCGUUAAAUGCAAGCACUCUUUUUACCGGGAACUGUGAUUUUAUCUAUGGUGUUGUAACUUAAGCAAUGUGAGAGAUGUUGAUGAGCAAACAUGAUUUCAAUGUGUUUGCUGCUGAUCGCCAAAUCUUUUUUCCAAAUGCCCUGAAUAUCUGAGAGCCAGGAUGGACUUGUUUCGAAUCCAUGUAAUGUAAGAUGACUCUGUUUUUGCAUUUCCAGUGCACAAACCCCAAAUGCUGGCUUGUGUUCUUCUAUUGUUCCAUUUGUUCCGUACAUGGCUCAAACUUGUUGUAAUGUCACUGUUUAGGA